CAGGCUGGUCUUGAACUCCUGACCUUGUGAUCUGCCCACCUUGGCCUCCCAAAGUGCUGGGAUUACAGGUGUGAGACAUCGUGCCUAGCCAUAGGUAUGGUCUCUUUUUUAUGGCUAAGAGAAGCUGGAUAUGUAUAGUGACCCAUGGUAACAUUGACAUUGUAGUUGUCUGGAGUUUUGGAGAGGCAGUCUAGAUCCUGUUAGAACCAUAGAGAGAGAGAAAGAGAGGAAGCCAUAAGUUUGGUUCAAAAAGAAAACUGAUUCCAGUGGGAAGUCUUUGUUGUAAGAAAAGGGAGAUGAUGACAGAUUGGUAGGGUAGAGGCAGAGCACAAUAAGCUGGAAUACCAAGAGGAGACAUUUGGACAUGAUACAAUUGGUGAUAGGGAACCAUUAAAGAUUCAUGAAAAGAGAAGUGACAGAUGAGCAUGUUGUUGCAAGGUGUCCUUUGCCAGGCAUAUGAAGCUGCUGGGAAAGGAUGUGAGUUAUUGGCCCCUCCUUCAGUGGACAGGGUUGGGCAGUAGUGAUUCACAAACUCCAUCAAAACCCAGCCACAUCAGAAAACACAAAUGAUUUAUUUUUGCAUUAGCUUCCAGUUAUUGUGUGCCUUCCUGUGGUUCGGAUAUACACCACUAUAUAUUGUGGAGGGCUUGUAGUUGGGGGAUUGUGGAGGGCUUGUAGUUGGGGGAUUGUGGAGAAUGGUCACCUGUGUUAGGGGAGGCAGGCCAGUCACCUCUGCUUAACCACAGGUAGAAUUGCCAUCUGUGACCCUGGUGCCUUGAAAGGUGUGUCUUGAAUGGUUCUUUGACUCUUCAGAAACAAUCUGGGAGCUGAUUCAUUCUGUUCUCACUUGCCUGCUUCCUUUAUGAGCGAGUAGCAAAUUUCUAAUUUUACUGUUAGGAGAAUAUUUUCAAUGUCCUUUUUUAAUCUUUCAAUUAAGUUGAACCUUUCAAUUAAGUUUAAUUAAUAUUUCUUCCCACUACCUACUGUUUACUGCCCUCACCCUGUCAUUUAUUAGAUUGCUUAUAUUUCCACAACUACAUUGUGACCUUAGCACAUGAACUUAAUCAUUAACUAUCAUAGUCUUAAAGAACAGCCUUUGGACUCAUUUUUAAGAAAAAAAAAAAACACUACUAAAGGGAUUCUCUGUCUUCUCAGAUUCCCCCACAUGUCCAGCUAACCCAGCCACUCUCAUUCUCUACCCUACCUGUACUCUCACCUUCCAGACCCCCCUUGGCUCAGGAAGAUGGCCCAGCUGAGGAACAACCUCCCUUUUGGAAAAAUGUGCUCCAGUUAAAUCAUACCAGAAACCCUUGACCCAGGAGGGGCCUUGGGAUACAACUGACAAUUAAAUCUCCCGUUAUCAGGAGAUCUUGCAACUGAGAACUGAGUGUCCCUUCCACCUUACUCAUAAUUGACAGGGGCCAGUGCCUUGUGUGGGCCUGAGAUCACCUGGCAUCACCACACUUCACCCCACCUUCUUCCACUUCACCUCACUUUCUCUCCUGCUUGAGAGACAACUAGAAAACUGUGAGUAGCCCUUCACCCUUGGCAUAGUGAAGCAGCUUUCUCACUAAUGCCCAAUUCAAAGAAGGAGAAAAAUUCUUGCUUUGAUUUGCCAUGGGAGGGUGGGGGAAAGGGGAAAUUAAAAAAAAAAAAAACUACUUUGAGCUGCACCCUUAAUAUUUUUGCAAAAAUCAAUUAUAUUUGGUUUCUCUUUUGAUCAUGAAGGUGGUGGUAUAGUUUAAGGAUUAGGGACAUGGAUCCUACUGGAAUCAGAUACUAUUGAACUAGAAUUUUAGUUCUAUCACUUGCUAGCUGUUUGAGCUUGGGGAAGUUUCUUAACUUCUUUGAACCUCAAUUUACUUGUCCGUAAAAUGGGAUAAUAACGCUUGCCUUGCAUGGUUAUUGUAAAGAUUAGAGAGUGUCUGUACAGCAAGAUUUCUGGGACCUAGUAAGGACUCCAUAAAAGGUAGUUGUUAUUAUUAAAGCUAAUUAUUUAUGUUUGCAACAACCACAGGGUUAAGCUCAUUGUCCCAACAUCCUUUUUUCUCAACCCUCAGCUUGCUUGCUUUUGCCUUCCUGAAGCUGGAGAUAUUUAUCCUCAGGGUAAGAGACAUUGGAUAUGAAGGAUUUAAUAAGACAGAUUUUCUUGACAGAGGAAAGAUUGUUAGGUGCUGGAUGAGUGAGGAAAACUUGAGAGUGGCCUUUGCCAAGGAAAUCUAAAGUAAUUGCCACCCUGUCUGAGAGGCUUCACUCCUGUCUGAAGGUAGGAAUGGGGGAUGGAUAGAUGGAUGAAUGAAUGGAUGACAGCCUUUGGCUGGCCUUUUAAGGAGUGCAUUCCCAGGAAAAUAGCCUCUACUUUUCGCAGUGUGGGAGUGAGGGCGGUGGGGUGGAUAUUGUUUUUAAGUGAGGGAAACCUUGUAUUCCAUACUUAAGGGGUCAUGUUCCCCCACCCUGGGAUGCUCUGUUGGCCUGAUUUAAGGAAAGCUUUCCAGUUGAUCUUUUCAUCUUCAGAAAUAACACCAGAAAUCAAUUAUGCCAUCACUUUCCUUAUAAAACUAACUAGCUUUCACUUAGCCGAUGGUGUUCUAGGGAUUCAGUGUGUCUGGAUAUUGGAUUUCUGUACUGCCUGGGCAAGGUUUUCUGAGAGUGGUAUGUGUGGUGUCUGUGAAUGAGGGGGUGGGGGAUGGCUCAGAGGGUGAGGAGUGGAGCAUUGUCUUCAAAAUCCCCGAGCAAGGGUGUUUCCAUGUCUACUACCCUAUUGAGGAUUCUAGCAAAUAGAGGUAGGGCUGGCUCAUUCAUAUAUAUUAAAAUAAAAUGUUAAGGGGACUUCCUUCUAAGAGCCAACUCUAAGGCAUUCUCUCCAAAUUUACUCGUCUCUGUUGCUAUCUCUUUUGUUAGAAUGAGAAGAUAAUCUUGAAAAAUUGUUUAUGUACAAAUCUAUAUGUUAAAUCCUACUUUUAGUGCAGAGAGGCAGCUUGCAAAAAGUAAUUUCCAUAGAGAGCCUUUUAGACAAACUCCUUUGGUAAUAUGAAUUAUAGCCUUUGAAUUUCUUGGUUGUUAAAUCUUGAUUUUUAUAUAUAGGUUUGCUUCAAGCAGUUCACCUAUUUACUUUUUAAUAGAACGACUGGGUAUGUUCCUUUUAUAAAAUACUCAGGGAGAUGGAACCAGUGUCAUGGUCCCUGGAGACUUAAGACCUCAGAGCUGUAGUCAGCAACUCUAUGAGUUCCAUCAGUAUGCCAGUUCCCAGCAGGUUUUCUCUAUCUGUAUUUUAAGGAGUUGUAUACAGAAUCACUUUUCAUGAUGACAAGAUGCAAGGUAAUAUGAUUUGCAAAAAGAACUGAAUGAAUCUUUUUUUCCCUCUUUAUUUUAAUGGAGGCAAACAAUGAAUUCUUUCCUUAGUUCCUUCUGUUGGUCUUUACUUUGGUUGAAACUUCGUUUUCCCUUUGCUCAGCCACCCUCUGGGGUUACCUGCUCCUUGGGCUGAAGUCCUGAGGCUUAGCAACAAGUAACCAUGUUGCCACUGAGGCUAGUGGGCACAGCUGAACACUAAUGUUGAGGUCCUAACUUUCAGCUUGAUUUGAUGAGAUGCCACUGCUAAGUGUCAUCUUUUUUUGGAUCCCUAUUUGACUGACCCUUCAGAUAAAACAGGUGGACAGGCAAAUAUUAAAUGGGAAAUGUUUCUGUGAAACAAAUUCUUUUAAUAGUGUUACCUCAUAAAUAAGUAACAAACACAACUCUACCCCCAACGUGCACUAGCCUGUAUAGCCAAAAUGAAAAAGUAGAUUGUAUCUUUGUUGCUUUUGUCAUGGUUUUACUUCAGUGAAUUCUCAAAUCAGAUCCCUGUUUGUACAGAAGUUUCCAAAAUAUUUGUUGUAAAUAGAUCUGAGCCAAUUUGGCUGUACAUUAGAUUCUAUUCUGGUAGAUAUCAUUAAUCUCCAAUAGUUAGAGGUAGGUAAGGGCUAUAGGUUUUCCCCACACAACCAGUAGAUUACAGUGAAAGCAAUUCUGAUUAAAUUCCACCACAUAACUGUUUAUUGAUAAUCAGGCAUAAGACAGUUACAGAGCCUGACCUGUACACCCAGCGACAUUCCAGCUUUUUUUUUUUUUUUUUUUUUUUUUUUUGCCAAGCACCAUAUUGUGUGAAAGGUUCACCGGAGAUAGAUGUGACAAUAUUUUAGCAGUAGGAUUUGGCUUACUUUCUCAUUAGAGGGCACAUCUGAGUCCUCCAUUAAGUUUCUGGACACUUAUGUUGAGACUCCUGAGCCUAACGUGUCAUUUUAAAGGGGUGAAGGAUGUUAGGCUAACCAGAGUCUUAUAUCCAAUUCAUGCAAAAGUGGGAGCAACUGAAUAUUUCUAAGUGAUCUAUCUAUCUUGAACACUAGGAAGUUUCCCUAAUGAAAUAUUUCUAGUAUCAAUUGUUGUAAUGAACAAACGAUCAGAAGUGAAGCAUGUAGUGUGGCUUUUUUCGCAUUAGAAAAUAGUUAAGGUAUGUUUAACACAGAGUAAAAUUUACCUUUUAAUGAUACAAUUCUGUGAAUUUUGACAAAUGAAUACAGUUGUAUGAACACCCCAGUCAAGAUAGAGAAUAUUCUCAUCAUCCCCAAAGAUUCCCCUAUAGCUUGAUUGUGGGAUUUUUUUAAGAACAGCUUUACUGAGAUACAAUUCAUAUACCAUACAAUUCACCGACUUAAAGUGUAUAAUUCAGUGGUUUUUGUAUACUACAUUUUUUUAAAAUUGUGGUUUAAGAUACACAUAUACAAGAUAUGCCAUUUUAAGCGUAUUUAAGUGUGCACUUCAGUAGCAUUAAUUUCAUUUGGAAUGUUAUGCAACCUCUGCUCCUAUUUCCAACAGUUUUUUUUUUUUUUUUUUUUUAAUCACACCAAACAGCAGCUCUGUACACAUUAAGCAAUAACUUCCAAUUCUUACCUCCCCCAGCCCCUGGUAACAACUGUUAUACUUUUCUGUCUCUAUAAAUGUGCCUAUUCUAGGAACCUAUUAUAAGUGGAAUCAUACAAUAUUUUUCGUUAUUUGUCUGGCUUGUUUUACUUAGCAAAAUGUUUUCAAGGUUGUAGCAUGUAUCAGAACUUUGUUCCUUUUUUAAGGCUGAGUAAUAUUACAUUGUAUGUAUAUACUACAUUUUAUUUAUCCGUCAGUGGACAUUUGGGUUGUUUCUACCUUUUGGCUAUUGUGAAUAAUGCUGAAAUGAAUGUUGACAUACAAGUAUUUGUUUGAGUCCUUGUUUUCAGUUCUUUUGGGUAUGUAUAUACCUAAGAGUGGAAUUGCUGGGUCAUUUGAUAAUUCUAUGUUUAGCUUUUUGAGGAACUGCCAAACUGUUUUCCACAGCAACUGGCCACUUUACAUUCCCACCAGUAAUGUACAAGUGUUCCAAUUUCUACAUAUCCUCACCAGCACUUGUUAUUUUCUAUUUUACAAAUUAUAGCCAUCCUAACAAUAUGAAGUAGUAUAUCAUUGUGGUCUUGUUUUGCAUUUUUCCUGAUGACUAGUGAUGUUGAACAUUAUUUCAUGUGUUUAUUAGCCAUUUGUUUAUCUUUUUUGGAGAAAUGUUUGUUCAAGUUCUUUGCCCAUUUUUUUAAAAAAAACUGGGUUGUUUGUUUUUGUUGCUGAGUUGCAGGAAUUCUUGAUUGUAGGCUUUGAUUAGAAAUUUCAGUUGCUGAUUAAUAUCACCCCUGGAGUUUGUAUUCUCAGUUAGGGGUCUUCAGAUGUUAACAGCAGUGUGUGGUAAAUGUUUAAAGCUCUGAUUUAUGGCAUUUGUCAAUUUCCAUGGUCAAUUUCAAGCUACCAAUCUGGCCCCUAACUAAGGUUACAAAGGAGUUGGGAAGAGAUGUACACAAUCAACUGUUUCUAGCCAGUGCCCUUGGGCUCCCAGCAUGCAACCGAAUGUUAACACCCUAUGGUGUGGAAUAAAACUAACACAGAGACAUUUAUCACAGUGUCUAUACUGAAACUAUUUAAAUUAAAUUAGACAUAACUAAAAGUAAAUGAAAAUAAUUUUCAAUUACAACACAUUGGCUCCUUCAAUAAAAAUAAGAAUAGUUAUUUGUUGAGCAUGUCAUAUGAUAGAUGUGUUCUAAGUAUUAAUAGAUAUUAUUAGUAAAUAGAGAAGGAAAUGUAGAAUAAGUUAAUAGGCUAGGACUAGAGCCCAUGUGUCUGACCUCUGUACCACACUGUCUUCUAUCCCAUUAGUGGAAUUUACUUACUGAGUGGUGACUACUGUAAACAGAGUAGACUACUUUCUUCUAACCCCAGGGAUGCUUCUUUGUUACACUGUACCCUCCAGCCUCUGUAAAACCUGUUUAAACUGGAAUGGAAAACUAAAGCUGUGGUAGUACUACCCAUCCACAAACUGUAAGGGGUUAAAAAUAUCCCUUUCCUGGUUGCAAAAAAGCAUGCGUUGUAAGACAAAUUUAAGCAAGUGAGAAAUGUCAAAAAUAGAAAGUGAAAGUCCCCCAUAAACCCAUCUGCUAGAGAUAAUCAUUAUUAACAACCAGCGCUUAUUCUUUCAGAGCUUUUUCUUUGCACAUUUUUAAAAUAAAAAUGAGUUGAUUCCUUAUAAUCUGAAACUUUUUUCACUUGAUAACAUAGGCUAUUUUCCAUGCCAGUGUGUAUAGCUCUACUUCAUUACUUUUAACAGCUACAUAAUAUCCCUUGUGUGAAGGAAAUGCAAGAGAUUUUGAAGGCUAUUUUGAAGAAGUGAUGACAGGUGGCACAUGGGACAAAAAGGUUGAUAACUACUGUUGGAUACCAACAAUAGAGGGACCAUACUUUCUCCCCCCAGAGGCUACCAUUAACUUACUUACCUGAAAUGAUAAGAUGAAAAUCCAUGAACACUGGGAACAGUUACAGGAAAACUCAAACUAAGCUUGUCGGGGAUAAUUGAGAGAUAAGACUACAUUAUCAACUACAUAUCAAAUUCCUUCACAUGUCUUUAGGGCUUUACAGCUCUGGUCUUUGAAACCCUAUUUGGAAUCUCUUUCUUAAUCUCCAGUAGGCCCUGCUUUGUGUUUGGGAAACAUUGUUUUCCAGGAAAUAACAACCGUUUAAUUUCUCUUCAUCUGUUCCUUGAGAGAUGGCUACCACCAUGUUUUCUUGCUGUGACAUCUGUCAGGUUUUUUGUUAUUGUUGUUUGGUUUUGAGACAGUCUUGCUCUGUCACCCAGGCUGGAGUGCAGUGGUGCUAUCAUAGCUCACUGCAACCUUAAAGUCCUGGGCUGAAGCAAUCCCCCCACCACAGCCUGCUGGAUAGUUGGGGCUGCCACCAUUCCUGGCUUUAUUAUUAUUAUUUUUUAACUUUUUUCUACAGAUGGGGGUCUCAAUAUAUUGCCCAGGCCAUUCUCGAAUUCCUGGGCUCACAUGAUCCUCUUGCCUUGGCCUCCCAAAGUGCUGGACUUACAGGCGUGAGCCGACAUGCCUGGCCCAAUAGGUCAAUUUUCAGUGGUAGCCAGUUUCUUUGUUUUCUCCUCUGUCCUAGGUACUUGUCACUAGGAAAGUGCUUAAUGAAUCUAUCAGGUGUGGCAUUUAUUAUUGUUGCAACAGGGAAUUGAUGAGAGAAAAGAAGGUUAUCUAGGGGAUGAGUUAGCCGAGAAGUGGAAGAAGACAGCUGUUGUUAGGUUGCUGUCAAAAUAGCUUGCUUUACUCUCUGGCAUGUAUCACUCCAGGGAAUGAAAUAAUCCAAGAAUGAUAAGCUCUCAAUUGCCAUCUGUUGGUUUGUGAUGCUGCUUGCCUUGUUCUAGUUAACAUUGAACACUGACCUCCCAUGGCACUUGGAGAAACUUAGAGGAGGCUAAGAUGAUCACAGGGUGUAAAGCAAACUGACUGAAUGCUUGCAGAGAGAUGGGCUAAAGGCCAAUGAUAUCAGUUUAUCAGGAUUUGUCUGCUUUAUACUCUCUUCCCCUUCCCUCUUUACCCCAGGGAGCUGGCAGAAUGGUGAUUCCUCUGUAAUAUGACGUAUUUAGAUUCUUUUAGCAGUUUAAAGAAGUUAAUUUAAUGGGGGUGAAGGGGGCUAAGUUUUUAGGGUUGAGGUCAGGUAAUAUCCUUUGUAAGAAAGAUUAUGGGUAUGUGAAGCUCAUGAAUGGACAUGUCAUUAUCUUUCAAAUUACAUGCUAAAGAUCAGGCUUAUAUCAUAUGUAUUUUACUGUGCCUUUUGGUCCGUAUCCCAGGCAAACCACUCUAUGCCAGCUGUGCUAGCUGCCAGUGGCCAUGAACUGUGCCAGAGACCCUGCUUCCCUGGCUUAGGUUGAUUGGACUAAGAGUGGCCACCUGUCACCAAGACAGCCCAUCUGUCACCUAGCAGGUAACAUGGGCUUGAUGAGCUGAGAGCUGGGUCUUUCAUAUUCCUCUCCUAGGAAAUUAGAAUUGGGAAGCUGAGAGUCUAAGGCAGUUUGCAACUGUGAAAACAGCCAAAAGAAGAUGGGGAGUGGAGCAGUCAUGGCAGUCAAUGUCCUAGCUAGUGUGGUGAAGGGACAGAAACCAUGAACAUACAGAGGGACCUUGCAAGGGAGGAAAAGAGAUGCCCUGAGAGACAGAAGAACUGUUUCCUACAGACACCAUGAAACCAGAACCACCUUCCAGUUCUCUUGAGGCCCAGCUUUAUCCUACCCUAGGAUUCGAAUGGGAUACCUGUAUUCUUUCCACAAACCUCCCUUUUCUUGAGCCAGCUUGAAUGAGACUCUGUUUUCUCACAGUGGAAAUUAUCAGACCAGAUCUAGGCCCCUACCUUUACAAUAGACUUCUGGGUUGAGUCAACAACAGUUGGUUGACAUUUAAGGUUAACAUGAAGUGCUGACUAUUCUAGGUAUUACGGGGAACAGUGGAAAAACACAGAUACCUGAUUAUUUCUCUCAAGCUCAGUGCUGACGUUAUGGGCUUUGAAUCCCUGUUCCUGGCAAACAGUGAGAAUGAAAAGAGGCAGGGAUCCUGACUGUUCAUUUAUCACUUCAGAGCUCUCAACCAACAGGGGGCCUUCUUUAUCCUAUUUAACCUCUCAGUAGAGUAUUUGCCUUUUGCUUAUUCCUCUUUCCAGUCAACUCUUGAUUAUUCAUAUAAUAGAGGAAAGCAUUAAUGCAAAUGAUAGAAGACUGCCCCACCCUGGCCUCUCUUCCCUGCCACAGCAGCAUCCAGUCACAGAAAUGGAAACAACUAGCAGGAGAGAUCUUUCUCCUGGCCUGCCCUCCAUGUCGGGGAGCUAUCGUUGUCUUCAAACUUUCACAGAAUUGCCCUUGUUUGAUAAGAGGAAUGAGCAGAAGCAUUUUCCUGAUCAAGAAGUAUUCCCGGGUGAAGCUUUAUUGGGCAUUUUUUCACUAAAGCUUUGGCUGACUUUCGCAAAACACUGUCAUAAUAGGCUACAGAUGCACAUGUUAAAUGGAGCUCUUCUGGCAUUGCUGUUUCCUGUGGUAAACACUCGGCUGCUCCCCUUUGAAUUGGAGAUUUACUACAUUCAGCAUGUUAUGCUCUACGUGGUACCCAUCUACCUGCUUUGGAAAGGAGGUGCUUACACUCCAGAGCCCCUCAGCAGUUUCCGGUGGGCUCUUCUCUCAACUGGCCUCAUGUUCUUUUAUCACUUCAGCGUCUUGCAGAUCCUCGGCCUGGUCACCGAAGUGAAUUUGAACAACAUGCUGUGUCCGGCCAUCUCAGACCCAUUCUACGGCCCCUGGUAUCGCAUCUGGGCCUCGGGACACCAGACUCUCAUGACCAUGACCCACGGGAAGCUGGUCAUCCUGUUCUCAUACAUGGCUGGGCCCUUGUGUAAAUAUCUGCUGGAUUUGCUCCGGCUUCCAGCCAAGAAAAUAGACUGAAGGUGCUUGUUUUUUUUUGUUUUGUUUUUGUUUUGUUUUUUUCUCCCUGAGGAAGCAAGUCCCAACUUGACUUGGAGAACACCCAGUUCUUGAUGAAAUCAUGGGAGAGGGCA